AUGGGAGUGGUCAAAGGAAAUAUACGAGAGUUCUCUCCACGAAUCUUCAUCAGCCUUAUGCAGUAUUACGUGCUGGGCACCAUGGCCUCUGACAGGUACAUGGCCAUCUGCCAUCCCCUACAAUACAACAGCAGAAUGUCCAGGCCCCUUUGCAUCUGCCUUGUCACUGCCCCCUACCUGGGUACCAUGGUGGGCACAAUGCAGGUACUAUUGACCUACCGCUUAUCCUUUUAUGGACACAACAUCAUCAACCAUUUCUACUGUGCUGACCCACCCCUCCUGAUGCUGACAGGAUCAGACACUUACAGAAAGCAGGCUGCUCUUAUCCUACUCAUCAUCCUUAUCUCCUACAUUUUCAUUUUCACCACCAUCAUGAGGAUCCCUUCCAGCAAAGGCCAAUGCAAAGCCUUCUCCACCGGUGGCUCCCACCUGAUCGCUGUCGCCAUGUUUUUGGGGUCCCUAUUCUGUAUGUAUCUGAGACCAGCCCCUGAGCAGUCUGUUGAACGGAAAAUUGUGGCAGUGGUUUGUAUCUUUGUGAGUCUCAUGCUGAAUCUAUUUAUCUACAGCCUGAGGAACAAAGAUGUGAAGCAGGCUUUGAGAACAGGGUGUCGGAGGAACUUUGGCACAAUGGAGAAAAGGUGUAUUUUGACAGUCUCCCAAUGA